AUGGUACCAUCCGGGGACGCCUUCGAAAUCUCGAACUCUCGAGACCAAGACGAAAGCCAAUUGCCGUUCCAUUUCCAACUCGUUCCGAGUGUGUUGCUGGGACUUCCCCAAGAGGAAAGGAAAGUCUUCCUUUCCGGUGGAAUUGACUUCAAAACUAGUACGGCGCGAAAGCUUCCCGGGAGUCGCCGAGUCCACGGUGGGUGCAUACAACGUCCCCCCACGAUGGCCGGAACGAAUGCGAACGGCAAGGGGGGAUUGACAGUGAACGCUCCGACGAGUGGCACCGGUAGUCCAACCCCUACCAACUAUCGUUCCUUUCAAGACGAUAGCCACACCGGAGAUGGAGACCCCGGUAACGCCCACACGGACUCUAGCGGAGGACAUCGAUCUCUCGUGGCGCGUCGGGGUGGACCUCCCCGGACGUCCCCCCACGCGCACGUCGCCGACGAUUCUCAUCGUGGCUUUUCCACUUCCAUUCACGAUGCCUAUAGUGCGACCGAACACGAACGGGUCGAUUGCUGUUCCUUUACGUGUUGUGGAGUGUUACAGUCGGAUCGGGAUCGGUACUUGCUACAGGGUGUGACGCCACCGGGUGUGGGCCACCGCGUGGUGGUGCACGUCUUGUUGCCGUUGGCUAUUUUGGGGGCCGCUGGAUACGGUGCCAUGCACAUUGCCAAUGUCCGUAUCAACCAGAUGUACUCCACAGUCCUGGUCUUUACGAUGCUUUUCUACGUGCUUGCGCUGUGUUACAAGGGACGGUCCAAGCGUAUCGAAGUACGUAAGGAUUUGCUGUGGACCAAGUAUCAAAUCUCCGAAAGUAGUCAAAACACCGAUUUAGCGGUACUUUGGGAACAAGAGCGACCGGAAGACGAGGAAGAGGCUAGGGAUUUGUCCACCUAUUAUUUGGGACAGUCCCGACGAGAUUUUUCCUCGGCACAUCCGUGUUGCUUGGUGGGAUGUUACCCCGAAGACCGGAAUCUCAAUCAGGAAGUGGCUUCGUCUUUGGAACACAAUUUGUGUGGCGCGCUAUGGGAUUUCUUUUGCUUUCCCAUUUGCGGCAUGCACGUUCAGCUCUGUGGGAUGUGCGCACUCGCCCAGGAAGCCCGAGAAGUGGAACAGGUUUUGCUUCCGCCAUCCUACCGGCGUAUUGACUACAUCACGAUGCAAGCCUACGCUGACUACUAUCCCGCAAUUUAUCUCGACAAGUGGGCCGAAGCUCCAUUAAGACGUAGCUGGUUUCGUAUACCGCCGUUGUCUCGACUUUCGAUACGGUUGUUGCAAGCGGCGCUGAUUGUCGCAGCUCUCUUGUUGGUGUGGGCGCUCGUAGCGAAUUUGUAUUGGCACAAAAUCUAUCGAACCAACAACAAAUCACACGUCUUCAAUCUGGCCGACUACGGCAUUUUCAUCGCAACUGUGAUGCAAUCUGGCGGAUUGCUUAUGAUCCUUGUGUUUUUCACCAACCUGCCCAAAAAAUCGGAGCUAUCCUUGGACGCCUUGGUCAAGUAUUUUGCUUCCGGCUUUGUUCUGUCAGUGACGCUGGCCGUGUUUUGGGAAAUGGUAAUUGGCCUGGCGCUCAAGACUUUUGUCGCGUUCAUUUUGAUCGUCGCUGGUGUCGAUGUGGUGGACGAUCCGGGAAGUAACGGGACGUACACCUUUGGUAUCGGAUUUGGUCCAUCACUGCUUUCGAAUACUUCGCGGCAUCUAGCGGCGGAAGCGGACCCUCGGAACUUUCUGGACGUCUUUGGUAACGAGCAUCCGGUCUUUUACACGAUGAUGUUGAUGCUUGAGGCUUUCCUCAUGGCCGCCUUUGUCGAAGAACUGUGUAAAUACUUUGGGUACCGCAUGGUGGAGCAUCCGGACUUUUUGACCAAGGACGAUUUGGACCAAGCCAUGUCGGUAGCUCAUGACGAACCAAGCGAAGAAGUCGAAGACGGGCACCCUCGACAACAUCGGGAGUGCCAAGAUUACAGCUUUCAACGCAAAUCACUGCAGGCCCAAGGUGCCGCAAUAACACUCGCCAUGAUUGCGGUUGCUAUUGGGUUUACUUGCUGCGAAAAUUUAGUGUACAUCUUUGUUUACAGUGGAGAGUCAGUGAAGGCGGAACUGACCGUUCUUAUUGCUCGUUCCUGCUUUCCCGUCCAUCCCAUCAGUGCUGCGUUGCAAAGUUUAGGUGUGGUCCGGCGUGAUUUGGAAGCGGAUCGAUCCAGAGCGCUGGGUCGUAUUAUCUUACCUGCUGUUCUUCUUCACGGCGGCUACGACUUUUUCAUAAUGUGGAUUGACUUUUUAUCAAGACGGCAUGGUGUGGAUGCGGACGAAAAUCCCACCGCAUUGCUGGUGUCCUUGAUUGUAUCGGCGAGUGCCAUGCUCGUUGCACUGACUUGGUAUUUCCGGGAGAGCAAGCUACAAAGAGAACGUCUCGCUGCCAUUGACCAGAUAAGCAACGUUGACCGGUCGAGACUGCUUUGAUGCUGGGAUAUUCGUAUGUCGUCUGGAGUGGUAUAUGCAAUACACUAUUCAUGUCGCCCUUACUGUAGAGUAUUGCGCUAAAUCAUCGGAACCAAAGAAACCAUACACGGAAAUAAUUAACAGAUAAAAUGAUGUUGUAAGCUU